GUCCAGUUCCCGUAGAGAUCAUGAGGUUGGUGAAGAAGCCGGGAGGAUGGAAGCAGAAACUGUGGAAGGGAGACAAGUUGGAGCUGCUGCUGUUUGGGAUUCCAAGGGACAUGACGAGGAUAGAGUUCAAGAACUGUUGUGACAGGGAGGGACUGCACUGCCUAGCAAGGGGACAAGUAGGCAGAGAACAUGAACACUUCCGGGUGAAAUUGACCAAGGGAGACAGCCAAGAGUGCUUGGGGGUUGAUAUCGAGAAGCUGUCGAACUACGUAAGGAAGUUUGGAUGGAGGGUUUGCAUCGCGAACAUGAUAGAAACAGAGAAGGUAAGGAGACAAGAGGCGAGGGCGACGGAGGCGAAGAAAGGACCGAGCAGGGCAGUCGAGCAAGCAAGUCAGAAGAAGUCCGAGAAGAAGCGGAAGGCGAACGAUGGAGUGCGCAAAAUCUCCAAUAGGGAAAAGCGCAAGCUGAGAGUCGGGUCGUGGAACGUGUGCGGGUUCGCAAGGAGUGAGCGCAAGCGGUUGGAAAUAGUGGACCAAGUAGAACAAAGCGAUCUAGAUGUAGUGGGGAUCCAAGAGACGUGGGAAUUGAAGGAUGGGGACGUGGUAAGCAAACUAGGGAAAUACCGGUGGGUAGGGAAGGCAAGAAAGGGCUUAGACCCGAAGAAAAGGGGGGAGGGGGGAGUCGGAUUCCUGGUCAAGGAACACUUGUUUGACGUGGUGGAAGUAGUGGUGAAAACGGAGUUCGAGGAAAGCCUAUGGCUUAAGAUACCUGGGGAGCGGGGUGAGAAAGAUUUGUUUCUAGGGAACGUAUACGUCCCACCGUCGUCGAAGAAAGUCGCAAGCAAGGCGCAGGAGAACUUUGGACAAAUUGGGGAAGAUGUCCAGAGGUUCAGUAGGAAGGGAGAAGUUGUCAUGGUGGGCGAUUUCAACUCCAGAGUAGGGAAAGCUUCCAGUAGAGGACAGGCGAUCGGGCAGCACGGAGAAGACAAAGUGAAUGACAACGGAGUGAGGAUGCUUGAAUUCUUGGGAAGCAACGAACUGAUGGUGUUGAACGGUAGGAGGGAAUGCGAUAAGCCGGAGUUCACAAGGCAACGGGCAGUUUGCAAUGAAUACUCAAUCCUCGACUACAUCCUGGUAGAUAGGGGGAGCACGCAGAUCCCAGAGCUGCACGUAAGUGCGAUAGAUAUAGGUUCGACCGACCACUUCCUCAUAUGGGCAAACAUCGACCGAUCUAGAAAGAUCAAGAGUAAGAAACAGAGGAAAGUGUUCCGGUGGAAGGUAGAGCGUUUGGGAGACGAUGGGACACGGGAUGAAUUCCAGAAGGGGCUGGCUGGUAGUGUAGAAUCCUUCAGGAAACUGCUGAGAAGCGUCGAAGACGGACAGGUAGACGUACAGGCAGCAGGGGACAGGGUGAUUGAAGGGUGGGAGUCCAUCGUGAACGCAACGGCAGAGAGAGUAGUGGGAAAGAAGGUGGUACGAUGUGGGGUAUCGGUUAAGUGGUGGGAUGACGAGCUGAAAGAAGAAAUAGGGGAACGUAGAGAAGUCUUCAAGCAGUACCUGAGUGAGGCGUCUGAGGAGAGUUGGGAAAAGUACAGGGCCAAGAGAAAACAGGUGAAGGGACUAGUGAAAAAGAAGAAAAAGUGUAUUUGGGACGAAGUAGUGCAGAAGGCCAACGGAGGCCUGGAGGGAAACGUCAAGCAGAUGUGGGAAGGGAUUAGUGGAAUGGUAAAAAAGACCGCGCAAGGGGGGGAUACAGGGGUAGCAACUUUGCGAGGUGUGAACGGUGGAUUAGUCAGCAGUGGGAAGGGAAAAAGGGAAGUUCUAGCAGGACACUACAAGAGACUUGGAGUGCCCUCGGAGAAUGAAGCUUUUGACCAAGCGUUUAAGAAGGAGGUGGACGCAUGGGCCCAAAAAGAAGAAGAGACAUCGAAGGCAGACGUUGGGAACGUAGAACUAGAAAAGGAGUUCACUGAGGACGAGGAGCGGAUGGGAUAGUCAACGAGUUCAUGAAGUUUGGGGGGA